GGGAAGGUAGUGGGGAGACGGGAGGGCCCGAGGGAUGCCCGCUGUCCAUUCCCCAGCGCAAUGCUUGCCACACUGGACUAGGGCAGAGGAGGGGGGCAGUGGGGAGCGCGAUGGGGGCAGGCUGGGGGGCCCUGGCCUCUCGGAGAGUCCCAGAACCGUUCGUGAGGGUGGGGUCUGGGCGGCGCUAGGAGGAGGCGGCCCGAGGCUGGCCCGGGAUCAGGGGAGCCGAUGUGGAAUUUCCUGCCGGGCCCGGCCCCCUCCCCUCCUCCUCCUCCUCCUCCUCCCUCCUCCCCUCUCCCCUCCGCGCACGGCCGCCCGCCGGGCCUCGCCUCUCGCCGCCUGGCGGCCCGAGCUCGGCUCCCCUCACCCUCACGCACUCGUUCACUCGGCUUCCGGCCGCGCUCCUGCAGCCGCUUUGCGCCCCCGGCCCGGCAUGGGGGGCCCCAGGGCUGGCGCGGGCCGCCCGCCGGGGCGCCUCCCGUUGCCGCCGCUGUUGCUGCUGUUGCUGCUGCCGUUGCAGCCGCCGGGAGCUGCCCAGGAGCUGAGCCCGCGGGGACGCAACGUGUGCCGGGCACCCGGUUCGCAAGUGCUCACGUGCUGUGCCGGAUGGAGGCAGCAAGGCGAGGAGUGCACUAUGGCCCUCUGUGAGGGGAACUCCACGUGCUCGGAGAACGAGGUGUGCGUGCGGCCCGGGGAGUGCAGAUGCCGCCACGGCUACUUCGGAGCGACCUGUGACACUAAGUGCCCGCCCCAGUUCUGGGGCCCAGAUUGCAAGGAACUGUGCAGCUGCCACCCGCACGGGCAGUGCGAGGACGUGACGGGCCAGUGUACAUGCCACGCGCACCGCUGGGGCGCGCGCUGCGAGCAUGCGUGUCUGUGCCAGCACGGCGCGUGCCACCCGCAGAGCGGCGCGUGCCGCUGUGAGCCUGGCUGGUGGGGCGCCCAGUGCGCCAGCGCCUGCUACUGCAGCCAGACAUCCCAGUGCGACCCGCAGACGGGUGCGUGCCUGUGCCACGCGGGCUGGUGGGGCCGCAGCUGCAACAACCAGUGCUCGUGCAACGGCUCUCCCUGCGAGCAGUUCAGCGGCCGCUGCCAGUGUCGGGAGCGCACUUUCGGGCCGCGCUGCGAGCGCUACUGCCAGUGCCUACGCGGCCGCUGCAACCCCCUGGACGGCACGUGCACCUGCGAGCCGGGAUACCGCGGCAAGUACUGCCGCGAGACGUGCCCCGCCGGCUUCUACGGCCCGGGCUGCCGCCGCAGGUGCGGCCAGUGCAAGGGCCAGCAGCCGUGCACCGUGGCAGAGGGCCGCUGCCUCACCUGCGAAGCAGGCUGGAACGGGACCAAGUGCGACCAGCCCUGCGGGCCAGGCUUCUACGGGGACGGCUGUGAGCAGCGCUGCCCGCCCUGCCGGGAUGGCCACACCUGCAACCACAUUACGGGCAAAUGCACGCGCUGCAAUGCUGGCUGGAUCGGGGACAGGUGCGAGACCCGGUGCAGCAAUGGCACGUAUGGCGAGGACUGUGCCUUCGUAUGCAGCGCUUGCAGCAGCGGCCGCUGUGACUUCCAGUCCGGGCGCUGCCUGUGCAGCGCCGGCGCCCACGGUCCGCACUGUAACUUGACGUGCCUCCCGGGCCACCACGGAGUAGACUGCGCCCAGACAUGCAGCUGCCAUGAGGACACGUGCGACCCGGUGACGGGAGCCUGCCACAUGGAGACCAACCAGCGCCAGGGGGUCAUGGGCGCUGGGGCCCUCCUCAUCCUCCUCUUGGGCCUGCUCCUCUCCCUGCUGGGCUGCUGCUGUGUCUGCCGGAGCAAGGACCCUGGCCGCCAGGAUUGCCAGCCGAGGAGGAAGAAGAGUCCUCAGCGUCUCUGUGGCCGCUUUAGCCGCAUCAGCAUGAAGUUGCCCCGGAUUCCCCUGCGGAGACAGAAGCUGCCCAAGGUUGUGGUGGCCCACCAUGACCCGGAGAACACCCUGAACUGCAGCUUCCUGGAGCCGCCCUCCGUGCUGGAGCCCCCCUCCCCAUCCUGGUCUUCCCGGGCUUCCUUCUCUUCCUUCGACACCACGGACGAGGGGCCUGUGUACUGCGUGCCCCAUGAAGAAUCGGUGCCCGAGAGUCCGGAGGGAGAGCCCCCUGGCGGCCCUGCCGAGGUGCCCGCGGCCGCUGGGCCCAGGGAGGGGGAAGAUGCCAACCCGUGCCCGUCCAGAGCCGCCGAGAAUCGGGAGACGGCGCCGCUGGCAUCGUCUGACAGCGAGCGGUCGGCCUCGAGCCCGGAGCUGCCAGCUGCCGCCCUGUACGCCCGCGUGGCCCGCCUGGCCUGCAGGCAGCCCGGGGCCGAGGCCGAGGGCCUGUCCCCCUCCCCCGAGAGAAGGAAGCCGCCGCCGCCGGACCCCUCCACCAAGCCCAAAGUGUCCUGGAUCCACGGGAGGUACAACUCGCAGCAGUCCAAUUCCCUGCCCGCCUCCAGCAGAGCCCUGGACGCUGCCGGCCUCGGCCUGAGCAAAAGGAAACGGACCCCCAGCGAGACGUCCUCGGGCCUCCGCGUCCCGGGCCACGAGCCGGGCAGCCCCAGGGGCCUCGCCAAGGCCCAGAAAGCCCCGGGCGCCCCCAGCACCGAGUUGCCGGCCCAGGGGCCCCCUCGGGCCCGGGAGCGAGGCCCCGGGAGCGCGGAGUCCCCCGACGCGGGCUCCCAGAGGCCGCCCCCCCACUCGGCUCCCGAGGCGGCUGGGCUCCUGGCCGCGCAGCUCAAGGAAAAGACUGGCAGCUUGGGCCUGGGGGAGGCGGGCGCUCGGCACAACGGGCUGGGGGCCCCUCAGCCGCUCCGGGAGAAGCCCGCCCCACCCCAGAAGGCAAAGCGCUCCGGGCUGCCUGGCUCGCGGAAGGCUGGUCCCUCCCCCUCCCCGGCCCUUUAUAAACCCCAGGCUUCGGGCCCGGAGGCCCCGGCUGCCUCCGCGGAGCCCCAUGGGCCCGAGGCCGGGAAGCCGGACGCUGGCAGGCCGGGAAGCCAGGAGCCCCCCGGCCCGGCCGAGGCGCCCAGGAAAAAGACCCCCAUCCAGAAGCCGCCCCGGAAAAAGAGUCGAGAGGCCGUGGGCGGUGGGGGCUCGGAGCGAGUCAAGGCCGCCACCUCCCCGCCCUAGGCACCUCCCCAGGCGGAGGUCAGGGCCUUGCCCGCACCCUCUCCCUCCACCCCCCUUUUGUCUUCUCCGGAAAUCCGUUAUUCUGAUGCAGUCUGGGAAGAGGGCCUGGGUCGGAGCUUGGGCCCAGUGGUCUGCCCCAGUGGGGGAGCCCAGGCAGGACCAGGGUGCUUCUCCCCCACCAAAGCCAGCAGAGGCCCCGCGGGGCCUGGCCCAGGGUCGCCCUUCUCCUAUGGCCAAAGCAGGAGAAGCCCCCAGGGCUGAGCCAGCGCCUGCCGCCUUGGCCCAGCCCAGCUGCCCCCUCUGUCCUGCUCUGUCUGCCCCCCUGCCCGCCUUCCUCUGCAGUCAGCUGGUUUUGACUGCUCACAGUUGCCCAUGGGCACCCCCGGAGGACAGGUCUAUUUAUAGGGGAGCCGGGCCUCUGGGGGAGCUUCCUACUGGCCUGUGUUUGUGGGUGGGCAGGGUUUCUGCCAAAGCUUUCUUAAUAAAAACGUGUAUCUUCCCUGA